AUGGCAGAGCCACAGGAGCUUGGGGACCCUCUCGGGGAGGAUGCUUCGGGGGCUGCUGCAGUUGCUGGUCCCUGUUUGGCUGGCAACAGGCUUAACUUAGAUGUCUACCCAAAUGGCUGUCACCAGUUCUUCAAACUACUGGAAAUGAGAAGGGAAGAAGUGGUGCAAGUGGAAUUCUUACGACUGAAUUGCAAUGAGGACUUUAUCAUUUCCACACUGAACAAUAUUCCUGUCUUGAAGGCUCUAAAAUCCCUGGUACUCAAAGGUGGACAUGCCAGGGAUGAAUUUGGAGUUUGUCAGAGAGGAUUACUAGUGUCCUUACCUCAAGAGCUUGGGAGCCUCCACUGCCUUGCUCAUCUAGAUCUCAGCUUCAAUAGCUUCCGUGCUUUGCCUCCCUGCAUCACAGAGCUGGCUAGCCUCACUAGUCUCUUGGUGUGCCACAACAGCUUGGAGGGACUGCCUGAGGACUUUGGUCGGCUCACGAAGCUGACUUUCUUCUCUGCCAUGAAAAAUCAGAUCAGGGGUCUGCCACAGAGCAUAGGGGAGCUGACAGCACUGCAGACACUGGACCUCUCUGAAAAUGCACUGGAAAUGCUUCCUGAAGAGAUUGGAAACCUGGGUAGUUGCAGAGAGCUGGAUCUCUCAGGAAAUAGAUUAACAGGAAUCCCCAGCUCUCUUGCCAAUUUGCAGUCUCUGCGGUGGCUGCAUCUUCACAGCAAUCUUCUGGUAACAGUUCCUGCAUCCCUUGCCUGCCUUCCAAACUUGUCCAGGCUUGAUCUGCAGAACAAUAGACUGCGCAUCAUCCCCCCAGAGAUCCAGAACUCUCCCUUUGUGCAUCUCCGUGGUAAUCCUCUAGGAGAACCUGAAGUGCCUCUGAAGCCAGAUGACUCCAGCUCCAAAGAAUUACAAAAACUGUUUCUUGGCGCUGGUGAGGAUAGUUUUACUGUGACCCCAGAAGGUUGUGAAGUUUUCCUGACUUGUGGUGUCCAGUUCUGCUUCCCACGGGGCGCCACCACUUCUUCAGUAACCAUUCGCUUCCAAAAAUGUUCCCCUGACCCACAGUGGGUGAAGUUGAAACAUCAUGACAUCCUCCUAAGCCAAGUCCUGGAGCUGCAGCCACAUGGGAUUGAAUUCCAGGAGGAAGUGCAGAUCUGGAUGCCUUAUGCCUUCCCUCAAAGUCUUCAUGAGCGCGAGGUCAUAAUCCGAACCUUCAGUCGGCAGAAGUGGAGUGAUCUAAGAUCCAAAGUGGAAUGGAAAGGGAAGAAGCGUCUGGCAUGUUGCAGUGUCCCUCACUUCUCCUGGUUCUUGGUUGUAUCUCGACUUGUGGUGAAUGAAUGCAGUGUCCCUAAGGACGGAGCGUUGCUUUUUUCAACAGUCAACCCUAACAUCAAAGUGACCUUUCCUCCUGGUGUGACUGAGGAGACUAGGAGAGUGAGGCUCCAGGUAUUGCCUGUGCCUGAGGAGGAGCUACUGAAGAUCUCAGGUGACCCCAAGACUGCUGCCAGCCCUCUUCUUUGUCUGUCUCAGAAUUCCACUGUGGACUUUCUCCGGCCGAUUAAAAUUCAGCUUCCUCUGCCCCCAGGGGUCACAGGUCUAACCUUGGAUCAGUCUAGAGUACAUCUUCUGCAUGGUGACUGGAAUGCCGAGAACUGGAAUGACAUCACAGGUCAAGUGGAGUUAAAGUUCACCCAUCUUUAUGUUUUGUUUGAAGUCACCCAUUUUUCCUGGUACUGGCUGUGGUAUACUACUAAGACAUACAUUAGUGGCAUUGCCAAAGAGAUCUACAAAAGAUUGCGUAUGUACCAAGUGAACUUCAUAGUUCUACAGAGGAAGAAAGAUCCUGAACAAGUCUUGCUACAGUGUGUCCCGAAGCACAAGGUCGAUCCUGUUUUGAAAAAACUCCACGAAAGAUACCGAGGCCCUGAGCCAUCUGACAUGGUGGAGAUGUUUGAAGGAGAGCAGUUCUUUGCAGCUUUUGAAAGAGGCAUCAACAUUGAUGCAGACCGCCCAGACUGCAUUGCUGGAAGAAUUUCAUUCAACUUUUACUCUCAUUUGAAAAAUGUGAAGGAAGUCUAUAUUACUUCUGAAGUGGACAGAAAAAACAAAGCUGUGAAAGGGCAGGUUUCCUUUUAUCGAGGAGCUGUUCCAAAGAACAUUCCUGAAGAGGCUACCAAAAAGAGGAAAGGCCCCAAGUCCCACUGGCUUGCUACUUUGCCAAUCAAGCUACCUAAACUGAAAUCUCAGGGAAAUGAGAUGCCUACAGUCAAAAAUGGCUUCUCUCUGCCUCCUCUGAAUCUGGGCAAUGCUGAAACUGGUUACUUGACACAAGCUAAUCUUCUUGGCAUUGCGGGGCGCAUUGGAGCUGAAUGGCAAACCAUUGGCUUGAAUCUGGGGUUCUCCUAUCAGCAGAUCCAGCAGAUAAGAUACAAUAAUAGGGAAGACCUCAGUACUCAGAUUCUGGAUAUGCUCUUUUCUUGGGCUCAGCAAAAUAAAAAGACCUCUGACUGCAUAGACAGGCUGAUCAGCGCUAUGAAGGAGAGCGGCCGCCAAGACAUAGCCGAUGAGGUUGAAGCUAUCAUCGCCCUGGGAAGGCAGAAAUAUAGAGAGUCCAUUCGGAGAGUGGGCCUGAACCAGGAAAGCAGCACUGAAGACUCUGCUAUUGCCAUGGUGUAGCUCCUGUUGAGAGCCUGCUUUGUCAUACAAAGGGACUGGAUCCAGCAGAGGACGCUGUCAGUGGAAAGUCACAGAUCUUCCCUGCCCCCCCCCAGUUCCUUCCAACAUUGGGGAAGGAUACUCCUUGGGAUCAUGGGGUCCAUGUGGAGCUAUAGCUGUGCUGCAGUGAAGGGGAGAGAGGGAGCAAAAUCAGUCCCACCUUUGGUAAGCAUGUUAGCAUGGCACAGAGGCUUAACUGCAGGUCAGAAUGGGCUGAGGCCACUCACAGAAUACUUUGAGUUGCAUGUUUGGACUUUGUCCGUUCCCUGCAUCUUUGUGCUUUGAACUGCUGAGUCUGGAAUUGACUUUCAGUGAAGUGGAGACAUUCUGCUCAUACCCUACCACAAUUUUUUGUUAGUCUUAUAUGUGCUACUGGAGUUCUGCUCUUUUCUGUUGCAUCCUGUGAAGGUCAUUUUAAUACAUAAUAUAUUUAUUUUAGUUCCUUCACUUACCACUGUAGAAAUGCUCCUUUUGUGAAGUGAUGUCAAAUUCAAAGAGGUAUGAGAAGAAACGAGAA